GGCUGCAAGGCCAAAUUUCCCGCGAAGCACGAGAUCAGCAGUGGUGGCGAAGACCCGAGGAGCUGCGAGCGCCAUGACGAUGCUUCUGGGGUACUGGGACAUUAGAGGGCUUGCCCAUAGCAUUCGACUGCUGCUCGAAUACACAGGAACAACUUAUGAAGAUAAGUUAUACAGCUGUGGAGAAGCUCCUGAUUAUGAUAAAAGUCAAUGGAUCAGUGAAAAGGAAAAAUUGGGGCUGGACUUCCCUAAUCUUCCAUACCUAAUUGAUGGCAAGACCAAAUUGACACAGAGUAAUGCUAUUCUUAGGUACAUCGCACGCAAGCAUAAUCUGUGUGGAGAAACUGAGGAAGAGCAUGUCAGAGUGGACAUGCUGGAGAAUCAGGUGAUGGAUUUCCGCAUGAGCCUUGCAAUGAUUUGCUACAAUCCUGACUUUGAGAAACUCAAGCCUGGAUAUUUGGAGCAAUUACCAGGGAAACUGAAACUCUUCUCCCAGUUUUUGGGGGAUAGAAAGUGGUUUGCUGGGGAUAAGAUUACGUUUGUUGACUUCCUCAUGUAUGAUGUGCUUGAUCAAAACCGCAUGUUUGAACCCAAGUGCCUUGAUCAGUUCAAGAAUCUUCAAGAUUUUAUGACCCGUUUUGAGGCCCUGGAGAAGAUUGCUGCUUACAUGAGUUCCAGCCGCUUUAUGAAAACUCCAAUUAAUAACAAGAUGGCCAAAUGGUGCAACAAGAAAACAUAAAGAAAUAAAAAUACCCUUGUGGCUGGAUGAGAUAUUUCCCCUUUUCCUCCCUUCUUGUCUUGGGUGGAGUUGAUAAGCAAAAUAAUGUGGUCUUUCUGUAGAAUUGUGAUUAAAUUGUUUAGGUAUUUGAAAGACAGUAGUGGUCAAUAAAGUAUCCUGGAAUUA